AUGGUUUUUAUACAUUCCAACUUUGACUUUUUGGAUAAAGUUUGGUGGAAACUAGAUUAUGAUGACCGAAAUGCUCAGUAUUUCAUCUCAAAUACCAAGCGCCUCCAACAAGCCAUAUUAUUAUCUGUUAUUAACGAAGAUGAAAACUUUUGGAAGGGUUACAUUGAGCUUCAUCGAGAACGUUAUUUAACCGAAUGCAUUUCGACAGAAAGCAAUGUAGACUUCGACGUUGUGCGACAAUUGGUUAAGAAAUCAUGGUUCGAAGAUUUUCUGAGCUACAUGCGCAGAGUAAUGUUCCCCAAAAUACUUUUAAGACCUUUUUCAUAUUUGGUCAGCAUCAUUUGCAAACUUUCUCGUUCUUCACGUUUAUCUAAAAAAGUCCGAAACCUCCACGAUGCAAUUAACGACAUAUUUCCGUUCAUCUUCUAUCCCGACCUUCCAAUGGAUCGGUUUACACCUUUGCUUACACAGCAGUUGCAUAAACAGAUUGGCAAAGGUUUAAUUGACAAUGUUGGUCAGUACAGAACGCAAUAUGUUAUGGCAGCACAGGACAAUUAUGUUUAUUUGGCACCAAAUUUGAUAAAGGACAAAAUAGAAGAGCUAUUCCGUCAAUGUCGAGAAAAUUUUCAGAGGGAGGACUUAGAAUUAGAAGAAGCUGUCAAACUUGGGGCGUGCUUUCUCGCUCAUUUCUUGUAUAUUCAUCCUUUUAUGAAUGGAAAUGGGAGAGUGGCUAGAUUACUUUUAAGCUACUUGUUAUCAAGAUUCACUGUGGUACCACUUUCUUUGUAUUUAGGAACUAAAACGCGGGAGGUAUAUUUGCAGUGUCUUCGUGAAGCACAGUGGUAUGGCGAACCUCCAUAUAAACCUAGUGCACUUGCUAAUUUUAUCCUUGAGAACAUAUACGCAACGGCUUAUCACAUAUGUGUAGUGAUGGAUUUAAAUACUCGGAUUAAUGAUUAA